CAACUCCUUUGGAAUAAGGCGGACCGUCUAGUCAGGGGGCGAUUUCAAUUAAAAUGUCCUCCGUGAAAGAGGAGAGUAAACAGUACAUGACAGUGAAGGAUUUGCAGAAAGUUUUGGACUCGUGCAAUCUACAGCUACAUCAAGUGGAUGAGGUUUGGCCCAACAUCUACGUCGGGAAUGUACACGUAGCCCAGAACAGGAGUGCUUUGCAGAAACUAGGUAUUACUCAUGUGUUGAACGCUGCCCAUUCCAAACGAGGCAGCAUUGGGGACCAAAGAUUUUACGGCAACGACAUCGUGUAUUGUGGCAUUCCCGCUGAUGACUCCACCUACUUUGACAUCGACGUUUACUUCAAACCUGCUGCCGAUUUCAUUCACAAGGCACUGAAAUCUCCAGAUGGCAAGGUUCUAGUGCACUGCAUCAUGGGCCUGAGCCGGUCCUCAACCUUAGUGCUGGCCUACCUCAUGAUCCACCGUCACCUCCCCCUCCGUCGGGCCCUGAAGAACCUGGUGGAGAAGAGAGCCAUCUACCCCAACCGCAACUUCCUGGCUCUGCUGCUGGACCUCGACCUGCAGCUGAAGAGAAAAGAAAGGGCGUGCGACAUCCUGUAAUCUGCCGAGACAUGCUUUGUAUGGAACUCUUUAUUCAGUGGUCAGUGCACACGAGAAACCCACAGCCUCUCCCUUAGUAACCAGGUGUCUGAGCACCACUGGGUACUAUGUUAUCUGCUGUGAGUACACAGAGCAACAGCAGCGGAUGAUAAGAACGCAUGAGGCAACACUUUGGAGGGCACACUGGGGCCAUGGACUGCCAAUGGACCGAAACUAUUAACAGGACACUUGACUAUUCACUUGUUGUUGGUAUUUAAUGUUCGCUGUGCUCAGAUGUUUUUGAUAAAUCAUAAAAUCGAUGCAGCUCAGAAGAGAAAAGACUGCUUCCUUUUUAGCCCUAACUCAAAAAACACCUCUUUUAUUAUUCAAGUUAACUGUUCAAACUUUUUACUGGGAUCAUUUAUGGUAUUGGAAGCAUGGCGAACAUCUGCCUUUGCCACACUAUGUAGUCAUUCACACAAUUCAAUUAACUUUAUUAUUCUUCAUUUGUGUGCAAGUGUCCCGCUCUUGGUUAAUCUUUCAGGGAAACAGACGGUGAAGACGGAAUCACUUUGAGACGAGUUUAAGAUGUUAACCUAAAAAGAAGAACAAUAAAGUUAAUGUAGAGAGACUGGGAGAAGGCAGACG